CGAUAGAUUCCCCUAUUACUACCAUAUUAAACAACAAAUAAAUAUAAUAAAAUAAAAAUCCUUCCCUUCUUCGCAGACCCAAAGUUUCCAGAAAAUCGCACUGAAAAUUCUCAGGCCAUCGAAUUGAUUAAUCAAGCCCUCUCUUUCUCCAUCCGAUCCCUCUGUUAUCGCUUCAAAAGCUCGAAUAAAUGAUCAGACACUAGCCGUAUUGUCGGAACUUCCAGAAGCUUCUAGAAACAUCCGUCGACACGAUCUCCGAGGAAGCGAAGAAUGUCGUCGCCCGACAUCCCCGGAAUCUUAGAGAACUCGAGGGAGCUCGAUCGGUUGAGGAAAGAGCAGGAGGAUGUGCUCCUCGAGAUCAAUAAGAUACACAAGAAGCUGCAAUCCACUCCUGAGGUGGUUGAGAAACUUGGUGAAAAUUCAUUAUCGAGGCUUAAGAUUUUAUACACUCAAGCUAAAGACUAUUCAGAAAGUGAAGUGACCGUAUCCACUCAGUUAUUAGGUCAACUGGAUGCUCUGAUGCCUUCUGGACCUCCAGGACAACAACGCAGAAGGAUAGAAGGUAAUGAACAGAAAAAGAAACGGAUGAAGGCUGAUUCAGAUAUCUCAAGGCUUUCUCCAUCUGUGCGAAACCACUUCGAUGGUCUCAAGGGUGAACAAGUAGCCGCUAGGGUCACACCAGAAGACGCUGAGAAAGAUGAGUGGUUUGUUGUUAAAGUAACUCAUUUUGAUAGGGAGACAAGAGAAUUUGAAGUACUUGAUGAGGAACCAGGUGAUGAUGAGGAGCCUGGUGGCCAGAGAAAGUACAAGCUGCCUUUGUCACAUAUUAUACCUUUCCCUAAGCGAAAUGAUCCCUCUGGCGCUCAAGAUUUUCUUCCUGGAAGACAUGUUUUGGCAGUCUAUCCAGGAACAACUGCACUGUAUAAAGCAACUGUAGUCCACGCACGCAAGAGGAAGACUGAUGAUUAUGUGUUGGAAUUUGAUGACGAUGAGGAAGAUGGCUCCUUACCUCAGAGGCUUGUACCCUUUCACAGGGUGGUUGCUCUCCCAGAAGGACACCGCCAAUGAAUUUAUGCCGCUAGCUGUUUAUAAAUUCGAAGUGGUACCUAUGUUUUUAUCACGUAAUUUAGGGAUGAUACUAUGGUCUCUUCUGCAUGUUUAUGUUGUAUGACAGUUUAGCUUUGCUGUAGUUUGUUUCUGGUACUUGAUGAACUGAAAUAAAAAUCAGUCAAGGUGUUUCAGUGGAACGAAAACCGAGAAAUAUGUAACUAAGAUUUGAAUUUUAUAUCAUGCAAGCAACACUAUUCAAAUAAUCUCCUGAGCAAAAUGUUGCAUGCGACACAAGGUAAAUUUUGUUUAGGAUUAUCUCCAGUACACAUUUACUGGACUUUCUUGUAAAAUAAAUUGCAGAAGAUGGCACAUCAUAAAAUUGUGGUCGCAACAAUAUUAAAUUAAUGAAAAUGUGUUGUAUUCUUUAUCUAA